AUUAGACGGUUGCUUGAAAACGGCUGUUUAAAAGUCCACGUUCUUCGAUGUCCUUUUAACGACGCUGUGCUUGAUUUGGCAAGACUCAAUUUAAUCCACAAAUUUUUUAAUAUUUAUAAUUUGACUACAGUUUGAAUUAGCUCUGCUGAAUAAGAACAGAAAAUUUGACAAUGCACGCGUCCUUGCUCCAUUAGAAACCUUACUUUUCGAUUGUAUAAAAUUCUUGUCAAACUAAAGUUAAACCUGGUGCAUGAUACUUUUAUUAUCAAAUUCAGAACAGAAAGCAUGUCUCAUUUACGGUACAUGAAGGAAUUGAAUAGUUUGACUAGAAUGGACGAUGCUAUCAAAGGACCUGUGCCUAGAUGGCAGAAAAAAUGUUUAGAUUCAUCUAGCUCUUCCAGUGUCAAUAUGAGUUUGAAUAGCUCUCGGAAAGCUAUGAGUAGUUCAAUGUCUAACAAUAGUAUUAGCACAGGAAAGACACCCAAGAAAGUAUCAGAAAAUUCUAUUCGGAUCAGAAGCAAAACUCCAUCAAAAGGAACAAAAAAAUCACCAAGUCGAUCUACAACACCUACAUCAAAAACUCCCUGUGCAGGUGAUAGAUUCAUUCCUUCAAGGUCAACUACAAACUUUGAACUUGGAUACUUCAAGUUACAGCAAACUCAUAACUCUGAUCAAGAAAGCAAUGCAUCAGAUUGUUCAAGUCCUUCCAAACGUGAAAUGCAACGUUUGAUUGGAGAAAAUUUACAUGGAGGAGAUGUUAAUAGCAUGAGAGUACUUUGUUAUCAAAAUAAGGCUCCAGCCCCUCCUGACGGUUAUCAAAAUCCUCUUAGAGUGGUGUAUAGUCAAACAAAAACUCCAUCCAGUGUUAAGUCCUCAUCAAGAUACAUUCCACAAGCACCAGAUCGUAUUCUUGAUGCACCUGAAAUUGUUGAUGACUAUUAUUUGAAUUUAGUUGACUGGUCAUCAAGCAAUAUUCUAGCAGUAGCUUUAGGAGCAAAUGUUUACUUGUGGAAUGCUGGAACUGGCACAAUAGAGCAACUUUUUGAGCUAGAUGGCAAUGAUUAUGUAUGUUCGGUGGCUUGGAUUCAAGAAGGCCCAUACUUAGCUGUAGGAACAACUGUAGGUAAUACAGAAUUGUGGGAUUGCAGUCAAAUGAAAAGAGUCAGAGUUAUGAGUGGCCAUGCUGCUAGAGUCGGAUCUCUUGCUUGGAAUUCUCACAUAUUGACAAGUGGUUGCAGAGCAGGUCAAAUUGUUCAUCAUGACGUGAGACAACGUGAACAUCUUGUGUCAACAAUUAAUGCACAUGCACAAGAAGUUUGUGGCCUGAAAUGGUCUCUUGAUGGAAAGUACUUAGCAAGUGGAGGAAAUGAUAACAUGCUCCAAAUAUGGCCAUGCAUGGCUGGUCAAAAUCAUUCUCAUGUACAGCCUAUUUAUUCUCUCAACCAGCAUCAAGCUGCAGUAAAAGCUCUUGCAUGGUGUCCUUGGCAAAAUCAUGUUUUGGCAAGUGGGGGUGGUACAGCUGACAGAACCAUCAGAUUUUGGAAUUGUAAUACAGGUGCAUGUCUAAAUACAAUUGACACUAAGUCUCAAGUUUGCUCAUUACUUUGGUCUACAACUUAUAAGGAAAUAGUAUCUGGUCAUGGAUAUGCACAAAAUCAACUGACAAUUUGGAAAUAUCCAGCUAUGACUAAAGUGGCUGAAUUAACUGGUCACACUAGUAGGGUAUUGCAUCUUGCAAUGUCACCUGAUGGGACAACAGUUCUCAGUGCUGGAGCAGAUGAGACAUUGAGACUAUGGAAAUGCUUCAUACCAGAUCCACACAAAAAGAAAGAGUACAUAGAAUCGAAAUCUGUAGUUUCGCGUUUGAAACAAUCCAUAAGAUGAGAC